AUGCGCGGUGCGCGACUGAGCUCAUACAGUACUUCAGUACCGCGGCGCAUUCAGCCCAACACUGGCAGCCUCGUGCUCCGCCCAGUAACUGCUGCGAGGCUGUACGCGGAUCAACCGGCCGCUAAAUCAGUGGGGAGAUUGCACUCUUCUGCUCGAUCAGCCACCGUCACAGCGACAGCCGCUGCGGAAGAGCAAUCCAAUGUUGAGGCCGUGGCAGCAUCAGCAGUGUCAUCACCGGCGGCCAAUGUGACGUGGUCUUCUGUGCUGAAUCCGCCGGACUCGACACGCCCGCCCGCGCUCGAUCUGCCGGUCCGCAAGCCCAAGCAGUCGCUGGCAGGUCAUCUGCUGCGACUGGGCAAAGCCUACGGCUCUUUCUACCGGAGCGGGCUCAAGGCCGUCCUCAUCAACCGGCGACUCGUCUCCCAGCUCAAAAAGAAGACCAACAGCAACAGCGGCAAGGACACACUUGCGUCCACUAUUACCCGCGCGGACCUGCUUCUCCGUGAGCGCACACGGCACGACUUCCUCCGCCUUCCGCUCUUUGGCCUUGUGGUGCUCCUCACGGGAGAAUUCUCGCCGCUCGUAGUCCUGCUGUUCCCCAAGCUUACACCCUACACGUGCCGCAUCCCUUCCCACGUGGCCAAGUUACGCCGUGCCGCGCACGAGCGCCGGCUCCGGUCGUAUCAGAAAAUCAGCUCUGCUGCUGCUGCUGUUCCUACUGACGCACACCUAGCCCGUGUGCUGGGUAUCGGCUUCGCACUCUGGGACCGCGUCGGCCUCGCCGUUCCCCUCGCGAGUCGCCGGGUGGACAAACUCCUGCGAGAGAUCGUGCAGGACGACUUCCGCAUUAGGAGCGGCGGCGGCGUCGAGCUGCUGCAUCCGGACGAGGUUGCCCUUGCUGCCGAGCGCAGGGGCCAGGAUGUCCGUGAUCGCAGCACGGCUGGGCUGAGGAGCUGGCUGCGCAAGUGGGUUGAUGACAGUACACAGUCUGGUGCUGGGAGCGAGGAAGAUGGGGUUAUGGCAGCGCGGGAGAGACUCGCGGUGGGCAAAUCAGUGUAA